AUGCAGUGUGUCAAAACUGUAAGCUACUCAUUUAUAUUCAAUGGGGUGCCAACUGAACCAUUUCCAGCUGCUAAAGGAUUAAAGCAAGGGGACCCAAUCUCUCCUUUCCUUUUUGCCAUAGCAAUGGAAUACUUGAGUAGAGGACUAGAUGCACUCAUACAUGAUCAGAAUUAUAAAUUCCACCCAAAAUGCAAGAAGUUGGGAAUCACACAUUUGAGUUUUGCGGAUGACUUGCAACUACUUGCUAGAGGUGACCUCCCAUCUAUUGAAGCUAUGCAAAAGGUAUUCACUCAAUUUUCUAAGGACUCUGGACUACAAGCUAAUCUGAAUAAGAGUUCUAUACAUAUGGGUGGAGUGUCUUCAGACCAAAAGGAGCUAAUUAUACAACAAUGUGGGUAUGUUAAAGGGGAUUUGCCAUUCAAGUACUUAGGUAUUCCAUUAGCAACCAAGAAAUUAUCAGUCCUACAAUGGCAAACUUUGAUUGAUAAAAUUGUUGCUAGGAUAUCUAAUUGGACUGCCAAAAAACUCUCAUAUCCUGGCAGGUUACAGUUAGUUCAAACUCUUAUUUUUGGAAUCCAGUCUUAUUGGGCACAACUAUUUGUAAUACCAAGUAAAGUGCUCAAACUAAUUGAUGCAUAUUGCAGAAGUUAUGUAUGGUCGGGUGGUAAUGUGAUUACUAGAAAGGCCCUUGAAGCUUGGGAGAGACUGUGUAGUCCCAAAUCUUGUGGAGGACUGAAUUUGACCAAUCUCCAACUAUGGAAUAGAGCUGCCUUGGCCAAACACUUCUGGGAUAUUACUAACAAAAAAGAUAAGCUCUGGGUAAAGUGGAUGCACAUGUUUUAUAUAAAGAACCAAAUGUUCUAUGAUUGUCCAAGCCCAAAGCAGGCCAGUUGGAUGAUUAGGAAGGUUAUGGAUGCCAAAAGUAUAUUGCAAAAUGCAGAUUCAGGUCAACCCUCGACAUGGUAUUAUCAAACAACUAUACCUAUAACUUAUUGGUAA